GGGCGGUCGCAGAGCGCAGGCUUGCACUUCGUCUCGGGAGUGGGAUUUGUGGAUCGCGUCUUCCAGCGCAAUUGAGCUUGCAGCGCAUAAGUGGGAAUGGCAUAUCAUCUUUGAAGAGUUUAUAGUGCAGCAAAGAGCAGUGUGGGCAGCAUGUUUAUCUGAAAGCAAGCGUGUUGCUGGUUUAUGAUUGUUCAUCUGCAGUGUCUCUAGAAAAAAGUUAAAAUCCUGUGUUUUGGAAAAUGGGCUGUAAUUCAAAAAGGAGGUUUUUACUCCUCUAUGCAACACAAAAGGGGCAGGCAAAAGCCAUAGCUGAGGAAAUAUGGCAGCAAGCAGGUGCCCAUGGACUUGAAGCUGAUAUGCAUUGUAUAAGUGAAAUGGAUAAGUAUAACCUGGAAACAGAAAAGGAUCCUGUGGUUAUUGUUAUUUCCACUACUGGUACUGGAGAUCCACCAGACACUGCCCGCAAGUUUGUAAAGAAAAUUCAAGACACAACCUUGCCUCCUGAUCAUUUUGCACAUCUCCAGUAUGGAUUGCUAGGUCUGGGAGAUUCAGAGUACAUGUUCUUUUGUAAUGGUGGAAAGACAGUAGACCGACGACUUCAGGAACUUGGUGCCCAGCACUUCUAUGACACAGGAUUAGCUGAUGAUUGUGUAGGUUUGGAAUUAGUGGUUGAUCCUUGGAUUGAUGGACUUUGGCUUGCCCUCAAGGAAGCAUUGCUAUUGCAGAAAGAGAAAGAAGGCAUGAACAGUGUUGUUGAUGCUGUUUCUAGCUCUCUCUCUCCAACUCCACAUGUUGUGCAUGAACUGAACUUAAGUUCUGAAGUACAGAACUUGAAGCUAGAAGAUGAGGGAGCAAGGAGUUCUGAUGUUCUGUCACAGAAACCGGAUGACAUUAAUCUUGUGACUCCAGCUAGAAACACUGAACCCUCACUUGUUAAUUCCGUCCCUCCUGUCUCCCAGUCUGCUCUUAAUAUUCCUGCCCUGCCACCAGAAUACAUAGAGGUGCAGUUUCAAGGCACCCAUGGUAAGAAUCCGCAUCUGUCCUCACUUAUCUCGGAGGAAACAACCUUUGAAGUGCCAGUUACAAAAGCAGUUCAGCUCACUAGAGAAGAUGCAAUAAAAACUGCUUUGCUCUUAGAACUUGAUAUUUCAGAUACAGUCUUUGACUACCAACCUGGAGAUGCCUUCUGUGUACUAUGUCCCAACAAUGCCAACGAGGUGGAAGAGCUUCUUUACAUCUUGGGACUUUCUGAAAAAGGAGAUGACUUUGUUUGUGUAAAGGUUAAGCAGGACACUAAAAAGAAAGGAGCAUCUCGUCCGCAAUACAUCCCUGAAAGAAGCACUCUGAAAUUCAUUCUAACCUGGUGUCUGGAAAUAAGAGCAGUUCCCAAAAAGGCAUUUUUGCGAGCUCUUGUAGAAUGUACCAGUGAUGCAGGAGAAAAACGGAGGCUUCAAGAGCUUUGCAGCAGACAAGGAGCCUCUGAUUACAUGCGCUUUAUCAGAGAUUCUAAUGUUUGCUUACUGGAUUUACUUCAUGCUUUUCCAAGCUGCAAGCCUUCACUUAACCUGUUAAUUGAACAUCUUCCAAAAUUACAAGCUAGAUCCUAUUCAGUAUCAAGUUCAAACUUAUAUCAGCCAGGAAAGCUGCGCUUCGUAUUUAAUAUUGUGGAGUUCCCUGCCUGUCCCACUAGACCAAUCUCACGGAAAGGAGUGUGUACAGGGUGGCUUGCUGAAUUAGUUGCACCUCUACUGCACCCCAAUAAAAACACUAUGGAUACAAAAGGAGAAAGCUUUUCAACUGCAAAGAUACCUAUUUUUCCUCGUCCAAACAAUACUUUCCACUUACCUGCAGACCCGUCUGUCCCAUUCGUCAUGGUUGGUCCAGGAACAGGAAUUUCACCAUUCAUUGGUUUCCUACAACACAGGCAGAAGCUCAGAGAACAACAUACAGACUGGGAAUUUGGAGAAACGUGGCUGUUUUUUGGUUGUCGGCAUCAGGAUCGAGACUAUUUGUUCAAAGAUGAGCUGAGAUGUUUUCUUGAAAAUGGCACAUUAACUCAUCUUAAGGUUUGUUUCUCAAGAGACUCUUCAACUGCAGAAGUAGCUCCACCUAAAUAUGUGCAAGACAUCAUUAGGCUUUAUGCCAAGGAAGUUGCCAGAGUCCUGCUGGAAGAGAAGGGUUACUUCUAUAUAUGUGGAGAUAAGAAGCACAUGGCUGAUGGUGUAAGUGAUGCUGUAGUAGACAUUUUAAGCAUGGAAAUGGAAGCUGACAAAUUAGAAGCAAUGAAAAUCCUGGCCAUGCUUCGAGAAGAAAGACGCUAUUUACAGGAUGUGUGGAGCUAAAUUAUUUAGCUUUUCCUAUGCCUUUGUAAUACAAAAUACUUCUUUUCACACAUAUGCUUUUGACUAAAAGUUAUUGUCAAAAGUGCUGUCAGUAGUUACACAACUGUUAACUUUCUCUAUUGACCUUCAAACAGAAACAUGAAACCUCUUAAAUGACAGCAAACCAGGCUGGCCUUUGAAGUUGCAGAGGUUUUAGAGAUGUUACAUAAUGGACUGUCUCAGUGCCUUGAUUCUCUCAUUUUAAGAUUAGUUUUAAUGUAUAAAUUAAAAACUUCUGCACUUGUACAAGCAUAAUUGUAUGUUGACAUUACAUCAUGUCUCUUUUCCUAUAAUGUACACAUAGAGAAGCUACAGAGUAAAUAUGUUACACAAUGAUCUCUGUGUUAUCAAAUACAUUACUGACUUGCCAAGAUUUAUUUGAAUACUUCCUAGAUGCUUUCUGAAACUGCGUAUAGUUUUUUGGCCCUCACAAUGAAAGUAACUGCCAAAAGGUUACUGAAGAAUUUCAGCUCCAAAAUUCUCUUUAAUACUUAGCUUCUUCAUUACAUCAUUACUUUGUGUCUCAAAGUUUGCCACACUCCAUUUUAUCCUUAUUAGAUUUUCCUGCAUAAUUCUUUUGAAAUUGUUUUCAUUCCUGUCUCUAAAAUGUUUGUUUAUGUUGAACAUAAAUGUUAAUUUAUGAGCAAACUCAAGCAGUUGGGCUGAAUUUGGUUGCUUAGUGGAUAGUUUCUCAGAUUACCAAAUUAAUUUUGUUAAUUUGAAGACAUACUAAAAUACAGUGUUUUGAAAGCAGUUGCCCAUGUGACAAUCCACUGCAAAAUUAGUUUGUUGAAAGCAUAUUUUUCAAGUGUCUGGUCUUCUUUCUAACAAGGCACAUUUGAUGUACAAAUAGGCAGAAGAGUAAAAGUGUAAAUUAUUCAUGGUUCUCUUCAGAUCUCUCCUCUUCCCUCUGCUUUUUCUAACUUCUAAAUAUCCGUGUUGUCUUCUCGGUUCCCUGUUACCCUUAGACCUUUAAGGAUAAAAACAAAGUAUGAGAGAAUAUUUUAGACAAAUCAUUUUUUCCUGGGGAAUAUUGUUGUUUUGUUUUGACUUACACAUAAUCAGAACAACAUCAGUUACUCCAAGUCUUGUGGUUGUCUAGUGAUUAUUAGUUAAUUGGUCAAGUUGUGCACUGUGCUUUUUGAAUCUGUUUCACACAUAAGCCUUGUCGUAUUUUU